AUGAAUUAUCAUUUUAUUACUCCUCCAUCAAAAUUAAGCCGAGUUAAUCGAAUAGAUAUCAAACAAAUAAUCGAAAACAACAUUGAAGAUUUUGUACUUGAAAAACUUAGAGAAAUAGUUGUCUUACCUCUUCAUCAACUCAUUACACCAAGUAAAAAUCGACGAAAUCGAAAAACUAUUCCAAGAUCUCAAAAUACGGCCAAAAAUUGGUCAAAAGAAAGUAAUGAGGUUAAACAACUUUACCAGUUAAUGGCUGAUUGUGCAAAAGAAGUUCAUAAUAUUAUGUAUCCCAAUUACAAUUAUAGACCAAAGAGUAAGCAAAUUGGUUAUUGUUCUAAAGUAAAAAACAAAACAACAAAACCAUCACCUUGCACUCCGAUUGAUCUUUGUAUUCACACUAAUCUUUCAGAUUAUGAUAAGAAAGUAUGGAAUUUAGUUGAUAAAUUAACUGAUUUAAAAUGA